AUGAGCGGAGGCACGGCCCAUCUCCUGACGGCUCUCUUUGUGGCGGUGGCGCUGGCUGGGGUUUACCCAUCUCGGGGGUCUGCCACUGACCUGGAUGCCACCCCCAGGACAACGAUCACCUUUGAUGAGCUGUCGGACGUCCGGCACUUCAGCACACGCAACCUAAACUACAGCACCCUGCUGCUGGAGGACAACCGGGGCAUCCUCUACGUGGGCGCCAGGGGAGCCAUCUUCGCACUCAACUCCAGUGAUGUGGCCGACGGCUCCCACCGCACGAUCCACUGGGAAGCCUCCCCGGAGAAGCAGAUGGACUGCCUGCAGAAGGGCAAAAACAACAAGACCGAGUGCUUCAACCACGUGCGGUUUCUGCAGAGGCUGAACAGUACCCACCUCUACGCCUGCGGGACCUACGCCUUCCACCCGCUCUGCGCCACCAUCCGCGACCGGCCGCUGAAGACGGAGGAGUCCCCGCUGCACUGGCUGAAUGAUGCUGAGUUCGUGGCCUCCGUGCUGGUCCGGGAGAGCAAGGACAGCCCCGUGGGUGAUGAUGACAAAAUCUACUACUUCUUCACGGAGCGGGCGGGCGAGGAGACCACGUCCUUCUUUGACAAGAGCCAGGGCGUGGCCCGAGUGCCCCGUGUCUGCAAGAGCGACGUCGGGGGGAAGAAGAUCCUGCAGCGCAAGUGGACGUCCUUCAUGAAGGCACGCCUGGUCUGCUACAUCCCCUACUAUGAGGUGCUGAGGACCAUGGAGGCCUCGGCCGUGUGCCGCUACAGCAUCUCGGCGGUGCAGCGCGCCUUCGAGGGCCCCUACAUGGAGUACCAGGACUCGGCUCGCAAGUGGUCCCGCUACGACGGUGUGGUGCCUGAGCCCCGGCCCGGAUCCUGCAUCACGGACCGCUCCCGCAGGAAGGGCUACAACUCCUCACAGGACCUGCCCAACAGCGUCCUGGACUUUGUCAAGCUGCACCCACUCAUGUUCGAGGAGGUGAAGCCAGCUGGCGGGGAGCCGCUGCUGGUGAAGAAGAGCGUGGCAUACAGCCAGCUGGCCGUGGACAGGGUGCGGGCCCUCGACGGCCACUCCUAUGAUGUGCUCUUCAUGGGGACAGCGGAUGGCUGGAUCCACAAGGCCGUGGUGAUAGGCUCCGGCAUCCACAUCGUGGAAGAGGUGCAGGUGUUCAGGGACCCACAGCCCGUGGAGAGCCUGGUGAUCUCCCACGCCCAGAGGAGCCUGUACGUGGGGGCAGCCAGCGGGAUACUGCAGGUGCCCCUGGCCUCCUGCGCCAGGUACGCCUCCUGCUACGACUGCAUCCUCGCCCGGGACCCCUAUUGCGCCUGGGAUGGCAGGGCCUGCCGUGCCGCCAGGUACGGACACAAAGGGCUGGUGCAGGACAUUCAGGGUGGCAACGAGGGAUGCCGGAGCAGCUCCGGGCGGGGUGAGUCUGCAACCGGACGGUGCUGCAAAAAAAAGAACCGGACGGUGCUGCGGGGGGAUGAUGUGCUGCUGCCCUGCGACCAGCGCUCCAACCUGGCACGAGCCGUCUGGCUCCUGAACGGCAGUGAGGUGCUGGGCAUGGGGCAGGACCGGCUGCGCAUCGGGGUGGAUGGGCUGCUGGUGACGGACACGCUGCCCAAGCACAGUGGCGAGUACCGCUGCUAUGGGGAGGAGCGGGGU